UGGUUUCCCGGGCUUUCCCACGGCGACAAGGUCUGUCGGUCUUCUGACCUCGACGGCGACCUUACCUUCCUUGAGCAGACCAAUUCCUCUUGAGAUCCACUCAAACUGCAACGUCCCUGUCCAGUGUUGUGUAUCUAAAACCUUCGAACAGCUAUCCAUUUCACAGUUUAACUGUCCAUCACAAACGAUCACCUCGGCUUGUGAUGAGUUCGGCUGCUCAUGAUGAAUUCUCUCUUUCGCUGGGAUAGAGUGGGAAACCCCUUGUAUCACUUCCAUGGUCCCUAGCAGGUACCACACGAAUAAAUUGAAUUAUGCAGAUGAGGACAUGGAAGCCCGAAUUAUUCGCCUCCCUUAAUAUAUCACGAACAGACGUUCUCAAUCAACUUCUCAUGUCGUCGAACACCCCCAUCUCGAUAAAGCGGUUUGGACUUCGAUAUCAACAGUUUUCGAUUCGGCAUGCGUUUCAAUGUCCAAUCGGCGUUUUAGUAUCGACGAUUUCUGCACACACAUCAACUCAGUUGAUCGGGUGCAUGCUGCCGAGGCCAAGUUCAGCAUUGACCUUGAAAGAUGAACCUGUGUAAGACAUCAAAAUCAGAUUGCACAGCGGUCCUGACGCUUUUUCCGGGCUUCAACUUAAAGAAUGCUUCUCGACAGGUGCCACUCUUGCCACUGUAAGGGCUUGAUCUACCUAUAAUUAGCUGGAGGGGUGGUUUAAAACUCGACUGCCAAACGGGAAACGCACCCCAGAUGCUUCCGCCAUCUUCAGAUGGCAUUCAUCAUCCGUAUAUUCUCCCUGCUCUCUGCUGGCAGUAAUGAAGAUAUCACUCUCUUUUCUCCGCAACGCCGCCUAGCACAAGCUGAAGACCAACGAGUCGAAAUCAGACAACCACUUUCUUUGCCAAGCAUUGGCGAUGUCGUUCAUUCCACCGAAGAUCACGUUGAGGGCACAGUUGAAGAUGUGAAGGGCACAGUCAACGAUGUCAAAGAUGGAAACGAUGUGGUUGACGAUGUAAAGAAGACCAUUUCCGAUCCCAAAGGCUUAACUGGCGGGCCAAUUGCAAACGCUAAAAUCAUUCUUGGUUCUGGAGCGUCUGACCAUGGUGGCAAACCCGGCCAACCCCCAUCUUCCCCCACCAGUAGUCCGCCCCAAAACACACAAGCACCGCCGACGACUCCUUCCAACAGCCCCGACGACCCUCCUUCUCGUAAUCCUCCUCCCGAUAAUGGCUCUUCACAAAGCAACAAUGGAAACGAUUCUGGAGAUGGCAAUUCCUCUGACGAUAGUAGCCACGGUGACAGGACAAGUGGUACAGCUGUCGCCACUGCUGGAAACACAGCCCAUGAUGAAAGCAGCACGGCAACCACCAAGCCAUUGUCUGCUUCUACACGCGCGCUUUCCGCUCCGAUUUCGAGCUCUACGGGCAACGUCAUUGUAGACACUAACUCUGCGAUGAACAGUCCGAGUUCUGGAACGGAUCACAACGUCCUGGUUGCUGAAGCCACCACCACGCUAUUCUCCUCUACGACCGGCUCUGUAACCACCGUGAUACCGAAAACCCUCACUAUGACUGACUCUACUGGUGGGAUACAUGUGACAACAUCCUCUGUCACAACUGUCAUACCGUCUUUGGUCUCGUCUCCUUUAUCUCCUCCCAAGAGCACUGGAGCCUCGCCUCCUGCUGCUCUGAUUGGGGGGGUUGUCGCUGGUAUCAUACUUUUCCUCGGCAUUCUUUCAAUCUUACUGGUCUGCCUUCGCCGCAGGAGACGUGCCGCUCGUGCAUCCAGGAACGUUUCUGAUUACCCAUUUGCGGGUAUGAGCAGUUCUGAUAUUGAGGAUCCCACAUACUCUCCUUCUCCCACCCCACGCUCAAACCGAGUGUUGAGUUACAUCCGCAACUUACUCCCUUCGACCGGGCGAAGAUCUGUGUUUAAAUAUGUCCCCGAUCCAUUCUUGUCUGCCUCGAGACGGUCUUCUGCCAGUUUCUUGGGUACUAGUACUAGUCGUUGGUCGUCCUCUUUUAGGUCGAGUACUGCCUCUUCGCAGACUGCAUCCGACCAUGACGACCGUGAGAAGCACAUUGCUAGUCGCGCGUCUUCCUUCCAUACGGCCAUUGACCACGAUCCGGAAAAGUAUCCCUCCAUCGUUGCGUGAUUUCGAUUCUUGUUUCGGUUUUGGAGACUUCGUUCUUGUAUGUUCUGGUUUCUACAUCCAAUCACCCUCGUUUUUAGUGUACCCACUUGAUGUAGUACUAGAACGGACGCCGUGAUAUUUGAUCUCCAUACAAAAAAAUAUAUGGAACAGCACCCGGCGCAAGCAAUCAUUAAUCAAGCUCUCCACUAAUAGUUCGCUCGAAUCAGUCGAAUGAAUCGGAAUGCUUUAUUGCCGCACUUGUGAAGUCAUCUUACCUCCCACGCCGUUCUUCUGAUGGGACACCUUCCAUCUCGACGCUUCAAGCCCUUAUGUCUUUACUCCUUGGCGAAAGAAAACAACCAGGAUGAACGACC